UCAAUAUGGCUGCCUCUACGUCCAGUGUUCUCCAUAUAAAAUAAAGCAAUGGUAUAAUCCCAAAUGCGCUACUCAGGCUAAGCACAUCCCUUUCUCAAGCAUCAGUCGCCUCAGAGCAACUUUAUACCUCAAUCUCAGAUGGUGGAACCACAAUAGUUGCAAUGAAGAUAGAGAAAUAACCUAUCAGUAGGUUCUACUUCAAAGGUGGGAUAAUGAAUGAGACAAGACUCAAGAGUGAUCUGAUUUCGAAGACAUUAGGGGAUUACCUCUUGAAAGGAUAUCGAAUGCUGAAUGCUACAUGUGAAGCAUGUGGUACUGUGCUGCUCCAAGACAAAGACAAGAACUUGCUCUGUGUUGCAUGCAAAGAGAUUGAUCCUCCAAGAUCUCUUCCAGAGACUGUACUAACUUUGGGGGAGUCAAGUUUGGGAGGGGGCACUACAUCAGUGCAGAUAGCACCCUCUGCACCACAUGGCCUAGUUGGUGACCACAAGGGAAACAAAAGAGAGUCUUACACCCGUCACUCCCAUGCUGUUUCUGUUCUCCAUACACGCCUUCAAGGUGCAAUUUCUGAACUAGAAGGAACUCCUAGCACAGAGCAUGCUGCCUCACUAUGUGAUCUUAUCAAGAGAUGUGCAGAUGCCAUUGUGGCAGUCAAUAAGAUGGAGAUGUGUCUGGAGACUCCAAAUCCUCUAUUUUGAAUGAUGCUGCUAUGCUUACCACUUGUUGCCAUGUUUACAGCCAUUCAAUUAAUACCCCUCACAGUACAUUUAUCCUCUGAAUAAAAUGGAAGCACAAUGUCC